AUGGAGGACACUCGAAUAAAGUACCAUACUUAUAUCCAGCAUAUAGGUAUCUCUGCCCUUAAGGGGGUAUCAGCAGAACCAAAGGGGGAAACGCACACCGGAUCUUCCUCUCUUUUCUCCUUCGUCCUCAGCAGCAGCAAUAGCCACCUGAGUACAAAGAGCUCCGUCCUUUUCGUCCAUGCCGUGACGAUUGUUGGGAUAUUCCACCUUAACCAGGCUCGUACACAUUGCCCAAGGCAAAGGCUUGGGCAUAGCGCUAUAGCAGCAGCUACAGUAUUCCUCUCCAUACGGAGCGUCGAGGCAUAUGGAUUCAUACGAAAUGGAGUUUCCUGGCUGUCUCAAUCUUUGGUCUAUGGCCAGUUCUUCUUCCUCUCACCAUACAGACUGCUCGAACGGGCCUGUGAGUUCUUCGGAGUCUUCUUAUACUCGGACAACGACCAGCCAAGGAUCUCAAGUAUGUUGUAA